AUGUUUUUCCUCUUCCCAAAUUUCAAGGUCAUCAAGGAGACCCGUUUUGAAGAUGUGAACAUCAAAAUGGCGGUGACGAUGAAACUACGACGCAAACCAGAAGAAUCUUUCCAGGAGUAUAUUGUCCAUGCCAGGAAUCGCAGGUGUCGUGAUGACUCUCGCCACUGUGCCAGGGAUGGAGGCUUUGGGGCCCAGGAAAUUUCUCUUUUUAUUAUCCUACUCCCAGCAGGAAUUCCAUGGCUUGUGCAGGCCUUCACUCCUUACCUCUCUCUCCUCUACCUGGGUCGAGUGGUCUCUUGCUUCAUUUACAUUGCCUUGGGACCUGUCACGGCAGUCCUCGUUGCAGAGAUUAGUGAGCCAAGAAUUCGUGGUCUGUUGCUCAGUGCUGAGGAAAUCACGGUCGCCAUCGCCCAGAUGGCCAUCUAUAUCAUGGCUCAUUCCCUCCCAUGGGACGUGGCCACGGCCGCUUGUGCGGCUCCCAUGAUCUUGGUCGCCGCCCUCACCUUCUUCGUGCCAGAGGUGCAUAAAAUGUUCAUGUGUCUUUUAGCAGUACAUCAAAUACUUGUUCACUCGGUAUGGGUAAAAUUUGAAGCCCAUCGUGACGGUCACUGGAACGACGUGGUAAGAAUUUCCAACGAAUCCGAAUCAUAUGACGUGGUAUUGGCUUCGUCCCCCUAUUGGCUGAUUCGCCGAGGCCAGAAGGACGCUGCGUUGGAGUCUCUCAAGAAGUUAAGAAGUCCAAAACAAGACGUUAACCUUGAACUUCAAGAAAUUUCAGCAAACGUCCAAGGAACAUCCCAGCCUUCAAUAUGGGAUCAGCUCUUAGCCACGUUGAAUCAUGUUGGACGAGGUAAACAUGUUUUCUUCAGGAUGCUGUUCACGGGGUGCAUAGGAAAAAGGCAGGCGUCGGCCUGGACGCCUUUGUCUGCAAUCCUAGUGGGCGUCGUGAGGCUCGUCUUCACAGUGGUCAGCGCGGCGGUCGUGGACCGCGUCGGGCGUCGGCCUCUGCUGAUCGCCACGUCUUUCGUGUGCGGAGCAGCCGAGGUUGUCGGCGCGGUGUUCCUGCUGGUGGACGUCCCAGGGUCGUCGUGGGUCCCGCUUGCUGCGGUGAUGGUUUUCGUGUCCUCGUACGGCCUUGGAAUCGGACCCAUUCCCUGGACUCUUAUGGGCGAGCUCAUUCCCACUCCUGUGAGAAAUAUUGGAAGUUCGCUGUGCUAUUUGAGUUUCUCAUUAUUCACCUUUGUCAUCAGUUUUGUCUUCCCAUAUUUGAUGGAAAUAGGUCUUGGCUAUGCACUCCUGGUCUUCUCUUCAGCGAAUGCCAUCUUAACACUAUUGCUUUGGGCCUUCUUACCCGAAACCCCUGGAAAAUCUCUGAGUGACUUGGAAAAUGCAUUUCAAUCCUCCCCUGGGCAUUCAGAGUGA